AAAUGGGGGAUUCUUCAUUUAAGUCCGGAUUCAAGACUGGUUUCGGAUCUGCUUUCCUUCAAUUCGCCCUGGAAAGAGUGGCAAGUCUCGGGUCUUUUGCCUGGAAAGAGAUAGGCCUGAUCAUGGGGUUUGAGGAUGAGCUCCGAAAGCUGGAGAGGACAUACCUGAAAAUCCAGGACCUGGUGGAUCAUAUGGAGACAAGUCCAUUGAGAUUCUCUGGAGGCAGCAGGGCAUGGCAGAUCUGGUUUGAAGAUCUUCAAAAGCUUGCUUACGACGCCGACGCCCUUCUUGAUCGUGUCUCUUUCGAUCUCUCCAUGUACCGCAGGCAACACUCCAUCAAUGGCGAUCAAGAAACUCACCAGGCACUUCCCAUGAUUCUUAAAUCAUUGAAACUUUAUGUUCCUCAUGAAGUCAACGGUAUGCAGAGGAAGCUGGAGGCUCUUGCCGAGGAAGUUAAAAGUCUUCUCGAUAUUGAGACAGUGAAAAAGGGCAUUUGGACGUGUAAAAAGAUCGAUAGGCAUUGCUCGGACACGUCUAGUAUGAUGGUGGACAAAUUAGCCGUUGUCGGAAGGCGGGAGGACAGAGACAAUGUCCUUCGAUUGCUUGGCGACGAUGGAAUUGCUCUUUCUGUGAUCGCACUUGUCGGCAUGGGUGGCGUCGGGAAGACGGCACUUGCUCAGCUUGUGUUCGAUCACUUGGAGGCGGCUGCGGAUUUCGAGCUGAUUGUUUGGGUUUCGGUUUCGGUGGACUUUGAUGUGCGAAGGAUAACGAAGUUGAUUAUUGAAUCUGCUACUAAGCAAAGUUUCCAUGUAUUUGAAUUGGAUUCGUUGCAGCGCAAGCUUCUCCAAAUACUUCUUUCGAGUGGGAAGCUUUUGCUGGUUCUCGAUGAUUAUUGGAACGAGAAUGUUGAUGAUUGGGAGGUCUUGUCUGCGCCGUUUAGGUAUGCCGCGAAAGGGAGUAAAGUUAUUGUGACUACUCGAAGCAGUAUCGUUUCGAGGAUUGUUGGUUCGACAGAAGCAUAUAAUGUGAAGCCUUUAUCCGAUGAUGAUUGUUGGAGCUUGAUGAAACUAAGGGCUUCUUUCAAAAUAGAAGCGAAUGGAUUGCUCGAAUCAUUAGGAAAGGAAAUUGCAAAGAAGUGCAAAGGUUUACCUUUAGCGGCAAAGGUACUCGGCAGCCUAUUGCAGUGUAAAUAUACGGACAAUGAGUUGCUGCGGAUAGCAAAUAGCGAUAUGUGGGAUUCGUCGCAAGAUGAAAACGGCGUACUCACUUCUUUAAUGUUGAGCUAUCAACAUCUUCCCAUGCAUCUUAAAAAAUGCUUCACGUAUUGCUCGAUCUUCCCCCAAAACCAUGAGUUUGAAGUCGAGGAUUUGGUUCUCUUGUGGAUGGCUGAAGGUUUUAUUCGGCCUCAAGCCGAGAGGAGAUUGGAGGACAUAGGGCAUGAUUAUUUCAACGAUCUAUACAUGAGAUCUUUCUUUCAACGAGGUACAAGCUCUUCAAACCGUAUUAUAUACACAAUGCACGGCCUCAUUCACGACUUGGCUCGUUUAGUUUCUACCAACGUGUGUUUUCAAGUGGAGCAUAAUGCGGAAUUCUAUCCGUUGUUUGGAAAUGCUUGCCACUUGUCUUUGCAUCAUCGUGCCGCGCAGGCGUUGACUUUAAGCGCAAGCAUAAGGAACGAGAGGUUGCGCACGUUUAUGGUGGUUUGUAAGCGCGGUUCUCCUAGGGGACUAAUUGAUCCGGAGCUCUUUCACAGCUUGAAAUUUCUAAGGGUAUUGUACUUGUGCGAUAUUGGUCUCAAUAAGCUACCCGACACUGUCGACCAGUUGGUGUAUCUUCGGUAUCUGAAUUUGUGUGGAAAUCGGAUCGAGUAUUUGCCGAGAUCCUUAUGCGAACUCGCGGCAUUGCAGACGCUUCUUAUUUGCAACUGCCCUACGCUUCUUGAGUUGCCGAAAGACUUGAAGAAUCUUUCCGACCUCAGGCAUCUUAUGUUCAACGUUGUAGGCCGACUAAGAUUCAUGCCCCCGGAAUUCGGAAAGUUAACGAAUCUUCAAACUCUAUCGGCAUUUAUUGUGAGGAGAAUGAAGGGACACGGCAUCGAAGAGUUGGAAAAUAUGAAUUCACUCAGGGGAACACUAUGCGUCAAGAAUAUUGACAAAGUUCAAGAAGUAACGGACGCCGGCAAUGCAAAGAUGAAUAUGAAGGAACACUUGAACAAGCUCGAACUGCUUUGGGGACCGGUCGAAGAUGGCAUCGAUCCGCAAGAUAAAGAUCGAAAGUUGGAGCAACAACUACAUGUGUUGAAUCAGCUCGAACCUCAUCGAAACCUGAAAGAAUUGGAGAUUAAAUAUUACAGCGGCGUCAAAUGCCCCGACUGGCUAAGCGAUCCAUGGCGGAAGUUCACGAGAAUUCACUUACAGGGACUUGGUUACUGUAAAUCGCUACCAUCUUUGGGGCGACUACCAUUCCUCAAGUCUCUUUGUAUAAAAGAUAUGAAUGCUUUGGAGCAUAUCGGCCAGAGCUUUUACGGCGAUGGAAAUGAGAAAUUUCCGUCGCUGAUUUCUUUAGAAGUCUAUCGGAUGAGCGAGUUGAUUCAUUGGAUGGUACCGAAUGGAAUUAUUUGCAUGCUUCGUCUUACGACUCUAAGAAUCGAAGAUUGCCCGAAACUAACUAGUUUGCCGGCGAGAUUUCAGUCGGUCCCGGACUCGAACAUUCUCGGUUGUCCUCUACUGUGAGGCCACAUUAUAAUUACUUAGUAAAUACACUGUUCAAUACAUACUGUUUAUAAUUAUUUGGUGUGUUUGUUUGGGGGUUUGGAUUUUAAGUUGAGAUUUGAAUAGUAAAAGUUUUGAAUUUGAAUGGUUGUAUGAUUGUGAUAUAAAUAGGUGUUGAUGUGAUGUUUUGAAUGUAAAAUUGAUUUUCAGUAUAAUAUAAAAAAUAAAAAAUAGGUGUUUGAUUUGAUUUUUUGAGGAAAAAAUUUUGGAUGAAUAGUGAAAUUUUGUCUAAAUCU